ACAGCACAGAGGAGGAGUGGAGUCUGAAACAAAACACUCUGUGGACCAAACAGAUCUUGUUGCAUUGAAAGAACAUUUAUCUGUAAAACUUGUGUUUUCUGUAUGUUGUUUGCUUCCAGUUUGGACCUGAAAAGAUGAAUAAGGUGGUUUUGGUGACGGGAGCAAACAGUGGCAUAGGCCUGGCGUUGUGUGAGCGCCUCCUCUCCCAGGACACAGAGGGUCUGCAGCUGUGUCUGGCCUGCAGAAACAUGGGUCGGGCUCAGGCUGCUCGCUCUGCUCUCCUCACCUCUCACCCCACAGCUCAGGUGGCCCUGCUGCAGAUGGACACCAGCAGUAUCUCCUCUGUCAUCAGCGCUGCACAGGAGAUCAAACUCAGGUAUAACCGGCUAGAUUACCUCUACCUGAAUGCAGGCAUCAUGCCAAACCCACAGUUUGAUUUAAAAGGCUUUUUCAAAGGCCUCUUCUCCAGUAAAAUCAUUACCAUGUUUGCCACUGGCGAGGGGAUUCUAACACAGAAGGACGGUGUCACCUCUGAUGGCCUGCGAGAAAUUUUCGCAACCAACCUCUUUGGCCAUUUCCUACUGAUCAGGGAGCUGGAGCCAGUUCUGUGUCACGAAGGUCGGCCCUCGCAGCUGAUCUGGACCUCCUCCAGUAACGCUCACCGUUCAGCUUUUAACCUUGAAGACAUACAGCACCAGAGAGGCACCCAGCCCUACAGCUCCUCCAAAUAUGCCUCCGACCUGCUCAGCCUAGCGCUCAACACUCACUACAACAAACAGGGUUUGUACUCAUCUGUGAUUUGUCCUGGUUUUGUGAUGACCAGUCUGACCUAUGGCAUCCUGCCCUCCUUCCCAGCAUUCCUCUGGACCCUGCUAAUACCUCUCUUUUGGCUUAUAAGAAUAUUCACCAACACUUUCACCCUGACACCUUAUAAUGGAGCUGAAGCCCUGGUCUGGUUGUUUAAGCAAAAGCCUGAAUCACUGGACCCAACAGUCAAGUACCAGAGUUUAACAUCUGGGCUAGGCAACAACUACACACAAGCACGGAAGAUGGACAUUGAUCUGGAAACAUCAAAAGCUUUGUAUGAGAAAUUACUGCAACUGGAAAGUGAAGUUAGGAAGAAACUGAAGAGAAAAGUUAAAUAAUCCC